AUGACAGAAGAGACCACAUUCUGCAAAAAUUGUAAACGAGAUGUGUCUGCUGCCAAUUUCCCCCUCCAUGAGGCCCACUGCUUGCGGUUUCUCACUCUCUGCCCAGAAUGUGAUGAACCAGUUGCCCAAAAGGAUAUGCAAGACCAUCAAACAGAAGCACACAAGCAGGUCAGAUGUAAUCUUUGUCACCAAAGCAUGCAGCAAUACCAGUUGGAGCAUCAUGGGACCAAGGAAUGCCACAAACGAGCAAUGAAGUGCAAUAUCUGUGAGCUUGAAAUGCCCUUCAACAAGCUGGAGGAACACCUGAACGCCUGUGCCAGCCGAACAGAGUGGUGUUGGGAGUGUAACAAAUACAUCAUGUACAAAGACCAGAACAAACAUAAAGCUAUUUGUCAGAACAAUGGUCUGUCCUAUCAUAAGGAUGUGAACUUUCAAAGCAGUGAAGCAUCCACUAGUGCAACGUUUAUUGGCCCCACUGGUACUGGUGGCAAUCUUUGUCAGAAGUGCCAUAAGUCAUUCCCAGAUGACCAGUAUGCCCAACAUCUGAAUAAAUGCAGUGAAGCCAAUAAUCUGACAAAAGUUCUUGCUGGCCAGUCAACUUCAAAACUCAGCAGUGAUCCACCACAGUCUUCUUCCUCCCUGUCUCCCUCUUCCUCCUCCAAGAAUGCAAUGGCAUGGAAGGAUGUCCGUCCCAAAAUAAAAGAAAGGGACCAGCCACUGGCCUCCAAAACAUUGCUUAAGCUCUCAAAGAACAAAAAGCUUGUCUUUCCCUCUCCCACAAGAGGUGGACUUUCCACAUCACCUCAAGCUCUUACAGACAUCCAGUCUUUUGACACACUGGUGACCUGUGCCCAUUGCAACAUUCUUCUGCCAUUUCCAACCCUUCAGAAACACGAGAUCAAAUGUCUACAUUUGACAUUUCAAAAUGCUAGGAUGAAACAAAAAUCAAGCCAUGGAGAAAAAG